AUCUUUAUUUACAGCUUCAUUGUGGGACAGCGCUCCGCACUUGAUCAAACCGCUCGCUGAUGACAUUAUGAGAGAAUGGCUCUGUGAUGAUGAUGAUGAUGAUGGUGGUGGUGGUGAUGGUGAUGGUGAUAAGCGCGUGAUCGCAUCUGUCAGAGUUUAUCAAAGGUCUCCGGGGUCGAUGAGCGGAAACCAGCGUGUGCUUCUCGUUUACCUUUGAUCCGGAUCGUGACGGAGCCAUGAGCUCCAGCGCGACUGAACGCACGGGAUGAUUUGAGGCUGAUGCGGGUUUGUGCGCACGUUAAUCCAGGUCAGAGCCGUUAUAAUAGAAGCCCUUUUGUUGGAGCUCUCUGGCCCGGAUCGGUUUCAUCUAAUUGUGGGUCUCUCUGUAAUCGAGCACACCGUCAAAUUCGGUUUCUUCUCGAGAACUUCUAUUCAAGUUCGCUUCGACGGGAGAAGCUGCGUCUGAUUUCGCAAUCCGCCUUUAAUGCCGCCUGCACGCACAUUUCGUGUUGAGCGCAUUCUUCUGAUUGUACAUCCGUUAUACGAGUCUGCGGUCAACAAAGGGCCGUCCAUAAAGAGCCUUUGACCGCUGAAACCCGAGACCCUGAAAGCUCGCUGGAGGCCGAGGAAAAGCUCACUGGAGCUUCACAUCUGACCGCGGCGCGAGGAGGAACGAGCAGAAGCGGAGGAGACGCGGUGAGGAGCGCGAACGGAUGCGUGGUGAAGUUUGGCGCAGCGAUUCUUGGCACCGUCGCUUUUCCAGGAGCUCGCAGAUGAACGAAACUCGAUCCGUGUUAAUCUGCUGCGCUCUGUAGGAGGUAUAUAGCGGCGGCGAUGGACGCGCACUGAGCAUGUCCGCGGCUCUGCGCGCUUUCCGAUCCCUGACGGCGUUCAUCCGGAGCCGCUGCCGCUGCUGAUCGACGGCACCAUGGUGGAGCACAGCGGCCUGGACAUCAUGUGUCUGAACAAAUACAGCCCCGCUUCCUCCUCGUCGUCGUCCUCGAACGCGGAGAAGAAGCUUUUCUCCAAGCUCAAGGUGAGUCUGACCAAGAAGUACCCGCAGAAGAACGCGGAGACGCUGAGCGCGCAGUACGGAACCAACCUGCUGCUGAUCGGCGUGUCCGUGAUGCUCGCGCUCGCCCAGCACGGCCCGGCGGUGAAGGAGGAGCACCUGCUGGCCUUCAUCACGGCGCUGAUGCUCGUGCAGCUCGUGUGGAUGCUCUGCUACAUGAUCCGGAGGGAGCGCGAGCGCAGCCCGGUGCCGGAGAGGGACGCGCACGCGGGCACCAGCUGGAUCCGAGGGGGUCUGACGAUGCUGGCGCUGCUGUCGCUCAUCAUGGACGCGUUCCGCAUCGGAUAUUUCGUCGGAUAUCAUUCCUGCGUCUCCGCCGUGCUCGGAGUCUAUCCCAUCGUACACGCGCUGCACACCAUAUCUCAGGUGCAUUUCCUCUGGUUCCACAUCAAAGAUGUCAUCAAGAAAUAUGAAACGUUUGAAAGGUUUGGAGUGAUUCAUGCUGUCUUCACGAACCUGCUGCUGUGGUGUAAUGGAGUGAUGUCAGAAGCUGAACAUUUCCUCAACAACCACAGGAGACGCUUGACUGCGCUGGGAUACGCCAAUCUCUCCACAGUGGAAGCGGAGCCGCACUGUAACUGCACGACCAGCGUCUGCUCCAUGUUCUCCACCAGCCUGUACUACUUGUACCCCUUCAACAUCGAGUACCACAUCUUCGUCUCGGCCAUGCUGUUCGUCAUGUGGAAGAACAUCGGCCGCACGCUGGACCGCCACAGCAACCGCAAGCGUCCCAGCACGCGCAGCCCGGGUCUGCUGCUCGGCCCGCUGCUGGGUCUGCUGGCGCUGGCCAGCUCCAUCACGGUCCUGGUGGUGUACCUCAUCCACGUGGAGAAGUCGGAGCAGACGCGCGAGGCCGCCGUCUCCAUGUUCUACUGCUACGGCGUGGUGAUGCUGAGCUGCAUGUGCGGCGCGAGCGGCGCGGGGCUGCUGGUGUACCGCGUGGAGGACUGGCCCAUGGACACGGGUUCGAACCCGUCGCGCCAGCUGGACACGGAGCUGCUGCUGGGCUCGUCGCUGGGCUCGUGGCUGAUGUCGUGGUGCAGCGUGGUGGCGGUGGUGGCGGCGGGACGCGGCUCUCCCGGCUACCGUUGGACCUGCCUGGCCUACUCGCUGCUGCUGGUGCUGGAGAAGUGCGUGCAGAACCUGUUCAUCGUGGAGUCGUUGUACCGCAGACGCAGGGAUCCGGACGACGCGCCGGUGCCCGAGAUCUUCUCCGUCACGCCGGCACCCAUGGUCCCGCCGUACGACGGCAUUGUGAACCGCGCCUACGAGACGCCGGACAAGCGCUGCGCCGUCCUGGAAGGAGAGGCGCCCGAGAACAGGGCGGCGUUCAGCAGGAAGCACUCCGACGUCACGCUUCCUGUCGGAAACCGGCUCAACGUGACGCCCGGGAGGAAGAGGCAGAUCCUGAAGAACAUCACCAUCUUCCUCUUCAUGUGUAACAUCUCGCUGUGGAUUCUACCCGCCUUCGGCUGCCGUCCGCAGUACGACAACGAUCUGGAGCAGGAGACGUUCGGCUACAGCGUUUGGACCACAGUGCUGAACGUGGCCAUUCCCAUGAACCUCUUCUACCGCAUGCACUCGGUGGCGUCGCUCUUCGAGGUCUUCAGGAAGGUUUGAGGGUGUGUUGAGGACGAAGGGGACUUUAUCUGGUGCUCACAAACACUGACAGACACACAAACACUGGUCUGAGGAAUCUCAUGCGUGUGGAUGGCGGCGUGUGUGUGUGUGUGUGUGUGUGAUCUGAUCCAGUUCUCAUGGAUUUGAUCGACUCUUAAAGACGCUCUCAAUAACAGAUUAGAAGUUCUCAGGCCUGAAGAUUCUUCACACACUCCUCAGUAACGUUUACACACACACAAACACACGUCUUCACUUGAUCCAGGAUGAUGUUCUCUUAUAUCAAGUUCUCAGAUGGGCUCAAAUCCGAAUGUUUUUAGUACCAUGUCUGAUUGGAAAAUCCUUGAAUGUUGCAGGCCAUUGAACAAACAUACGGUGCAUAUUGUAGUUUUGAAUCAUUUAACUGAUGCUAAUACUCUUUUAAAAGACGGAGAAAAAUGGAGUAAAACCACCAAAUGAGUUGGAUCAAAUCAUCUCAUCCUGAUGUCACACACCAUGAAAAAAUGUCUUUCUGACUCAGUGUUUUUGUCUUUUUCUUCUGCCAAUGUAGUCAGAAAAAUAAUCUUGUUUUCCUUUUAAAUUCAGUUUAUUCUUCUGACUUCAUUUACAGGUGGGUGGUCUUGUUUUAAUCAUAAACUCAAUUCAUUUUGAUCAAUUUUUCAUAAAACAAGACUUCAUAUCUUCAGUUACUGUGCUUCUCUAGUAAGUGUAAUUAUUUUAUGUAAGGAUGUUUAGAUAUUUGCACUGGAAAACAAGAUAGAAAUAGUGAGGAAGAACAUCGGUUUUCGCAGUGCAGUCAGUACUGAGUGUUUCAGACACAUAAACGAUCAUAAAACCAUGAAUGUAAUAAUUGCACUUGAGGAUUUUGCCAAUUGUAAGACUCAAGUUUGACCUGAAAUCUUGCAUGAAGACCGGCUGACGGCCUGCUAACUUUUAAAGCAGCGUGAAAACACUCAGUGAGGCGUAAAACACCACGAAUCACAUCAGACGGGAUCUUCAGUAAUACUUCAUGAUGAUCUUCAGAUCUUUUCUUUAUCUGUUACAUAUACGUUUUGAAACAUGUUUCAUCAUUUUUCAUCGAUCUGCAUUCCUCAGUCGUGGUGCGACUGUUUCCUCAGUCCUGGAGAUUUCUGUGAGUGACGGCUUUUAAAAAAGGGCUUGAAACGCCGCAACACUGCAGAGAAAUGAGGUUUUAUCCAUGCGUUUAUGGAUUUAAUGGGAAUCUCAGCUGGGAUUCUGAACCGAAUGCAUUAUUCAUGCUUUGGCAGGAGGCUGAUUGUUUGUUUUGGUGAGUCGUGUGAAGUGCAGAUGUUCACGUCUGGACAACAGCAGCAUCGCUAACGCACAGGAAUCUCAUAGAAAAGACUUUGUAUUUAGGAUAUUAUUUUUCUGUCCCGGCACUGCUGUGGAAACGCUUCUCGUGAAUGUAAUUAUGGGAUGUUCUCACGUCAGUUCAGGCACUGUGAUGGAGAAACGAUGUGAAACGCUUCUGUCUUUCAGAUGUAGAUGUGUCUGUAGAGCAGCUCUGUUGAUCAUCAGCAGAUGUUUAGUAGUAAAUGACUUUAUCAACCUUUCUUCUCUUUUUUUAACUCCUCUCCCCCAAACACGCAAUGAAACGCACAAGUGCAGCACAACAAGAAGACCUGUGGUGCAAACCUCUUGUUUUUGUUUUGCACUUUCCCCCCUAAAUG